AUACAAGGGGGGAAAGUAAACAGACGCAGACAUAGCUCAGAAAUUUUUGUCCUUGGUAAAACUCCAGAUCCGCCGCCCCCCCCCCCCCCCCCCCCCCCCCUGCCGGUGAUAUGUCGUUUUCCUUCUUCUUCCCGCCGUUCUUCUCGCUCGGUCCGGACGAUGACGAAUCUGCCUCCUCCGAGGAAGUCUGCGGCGAAUGGGCAUCCGAUGAUGAAGGGAAUCUGUCAGAAGAUAAGUUUUCCGAGGUGUUGGACGACCACCUGAAAGGCGUGAGUGUGGCGGAGCUGGGUUCCGACGUCGUGGAUUGCUCGAUUUGUCUGAACAGUAUUCACGACGAGACGGCUCCGGGUGCUGGUGGCUGGAAAUCCAGGUUACUUGCCCUCUCUGCCUGUCUCGGCUUCCGGUUGGCUUAAGGGCUACGUCGUGCUUGUGCUUCCCGGAUGGAAGCACCGGCGAUGAUCUUCUUUCACUGAGGACGCCGACGGUUCUGACAAUCGGACGGGUCACGGGCGUGUUAAAGAGGAUGUUAUCUUUGUAAUUGAUUAUUUAUUAAAAAAAUUUAUUUGGCUUCUUGGACGGACGGGAAUGAUUCUUUUGAUUGGAUAUUUUUAGGGUUUAGAAGGUGCGGCAUCAUGUAAUCAAAGGGGUUUUCAGUUUAGUAAUGGUACUUUUACAGUUCAUCACUACUGAAAGAGGGUGAUAUUGUUGAAGCCUUGAAGGAUUGAUCUUUUAUUUUGUUGCUCUCAUAUUAAGCUAUUAUUACUAAAUUAUUGUUUAGAUUUGAUUAUCUUGUAUUAGUAGGAUAUUUUCCGUCCCAUAUUUUGCAAACCUCGCUAAUGGUAAUUUUGCCUUUUGGGAACCACUCUCUUGACUCUUGAGACUCUUGAGUGGAAUUUUACAUUGGUGUCAUAGGAUUUUACUUUUAUGUACAACUUGAAGUUGUACUUUUUAAUGUUAUAUAUUAGAAUGGAAGUCCGCGCUUCGCAGAAGGGUUUUGAUUGUUUAUAACAAAGUGUUCUUUAGUUCUAAGUACAUGUUUCGGACUUGUAAACUAUUUCAGUGAUAAGAAAUGCUAUCAUUGAGCGACCGAUAAUGUACUAUUGUGAUACGAUCAAAUUGUAACAUAAACGAUUCCGUAGGUAAUAAGGCAUUUUGAAACAUAACUUUUUUAUAAUUAAGUUUAUCUGUACAACAUAUUUUGAUCGACGUCGCAGUACACCUUUUUUUAUGUUAGCAAUUCAAACUUAUGUUCAUUCUUACAAACCAAGGACGGUCGUUGAUCAUAGGUCAAACUAUUUAGGAAAUGACCAAAAAUGGACCAAAACUUAGUUCACAUCGGCCCAACUCAUCAAUUAGAAAAGCAUAAAAAACUCGUCAUCGACCCAAAAUUUGCCAACGUUAGGUCAAAUUAGAUAAAAUACCCAUUGAUUCGAGUUCAAAUUGGGCAAUUGACACAAAAAGAAUUAGUUAAAAUGGUUGACCAAAAGGCCUUAGAUUAAUCAGAAACAAUUUUAAAAUCAUAGUUGAUGGGACACUAAGAAACAGUGCUCCAUCUUACCGGGCGACAUUAGGUCAAAUACCCAAUGAUUUAAGUGUGCAAAACGCAUCGUUAACAGUCAAUACAGUUGACCAAAAGACUUAGAUUAAUCAGUAACAAAUUUACAUACUUUUAAAAUCAUAGUUGACGUGACACAAAAAAAUAGUGCCUCAUCUUAUCAGGUCGACAUUAGGUCAAAUAUCCAAUGAUGAUUUAAGUGCAAAACUCGUGUUGAGUAAAAAAUCGCAGAGAACGGGUUCAACUCGCUGAAACCGAACCGAAGAAGGUUGAAUACUCUUUGAUUUGGGUUCAAUUUGGAUUCAAUUGUCAUAAGUUAACUAAUUAGAAUCUCUAUGGCACAAAAACUCUUCCAAGCUUCAAUAAAACUCUUUUGUUGACAAAAUUUUGUCAACACCGGGUUCAACUUGCUUAACCCGGGUCGAAGUAGAUCAAACACUCAUUAAUUUGGGUUCAAUUUGGAAUUAAUUGUCAUAAAUUAAUUAAUUAAAA